AUGCAAGCAAAGAUCGACCUGGCCACUUUCCUCCCCCUUACGUUCAAGAUGGGCGGCAUCUACCACUUGUGCUACUCUGACGAUGGUUCCUUUGCACCUGGACACACCGACAUUGUGCCCCAACGAAUUGAGGUCUACGGCAUCUAUGACUCGCGUACCCAGUGUGCCGAAGAUGAGACAUGCCUGACGAAGCGGCCGUACAAGUGCUUCUUGCGACGCCAAGCCUUCAACAACAUGGAAGACGCCUAUGACGGCACCACUUCUUGUGUCAUUGACUACAGCUACGACGGAGCAGGUUUCCGAGGGCUUCCUGGGGGAGGCAGAGGUUCCUGGACUGGCGAGUUUGCCACAAAUUAUGAUUCCAACGGCAUGGUCACUACAGAGAUCCUGCGGACGUGCGGCUCCAGUAGUUUGGGGGACUUCCCGGCAGCCUUUCUUUGUAACGCGGACGGAAAUUGUGGUGAUCUGGGCACGAGGAAUCCGUACAUCGUUCCGGAUCCGCUGCACGCAUAUAAGAGAAUGAAUGUGCCACCUGGUCGACCAGAUCUGCAAGGGCCAUCAUUCAAAGCUUAUGCAGUUGCGGCAUGCUACUGUCCGGACUUUCAGAGAUGUGACUCCUUCAGCCCCGACUAUGUACAGCAGGUCGGGCUACUCUACUUCUUUGCGACCAAAGUAUGCCCCAACGGCUUUGAGGCAGUCGCAUGCGCUCUCGAUUUCACAGGCGCUGCGCCGCAGCACAGAUUCGCACUCAAAGUGGAAUGCCCCAGCACAGCCUGUACGUUUGCAGAGACAAGCCGAAUCAAAGUCGUGCAGCAGCAGGCCGGCAACAACCUGCCGGCAUGGGACACUUCGUCGGGAUGUGGUGCCGCGGUACAUGGCAUGAACACCUUGGGUGUGCAGGUCCUGCCUUUCGAUGACAAUCCAGAUGUUGCUACGAUGCACGGCGGUAUUCGUCAGGACUACAAGAUCUGGAACUUCAAGAACUCUUCCCAGGGCUUGAUCUUCGACACGAAGACGUCUGGUUUCCUUUUCAGGACUGGUCCUACAGAUCAUGAGCUUCGCAGUCGAUAUUCCGGGGAGACAUUCGACGUCUGCUUCUGUGAUGGUGGUUGCACAGUCAACGAGAACUGGUUCAAGGUGGGUCAGAUGCGCUUCGCGCCCUUCCAGCCCGUGAGUGCAGCCUCCAACAUUUCCGUCCUGCAGGAGGAGUUCAUCAUCGAGUACAUGAACACUCCUGGAACAUUCGGCUUCUAUCGCCCAUGGGUUGACUACGGUGUCAUGGGCUUGCAGGAAGGAGGGGCGUUGAAGCUGGUCUCGGAUCCUGACUUGACUUUGACAGAUGAGGGUUGCAUCACAGCAGAGUACAGCCGCACCUUGGUAGAUCCCAACACGCUGACGAUUCAGAACGCGGCUACAGCCUACAGUGGGAAAGCCAACGCGGCAGCUGAUGUGAACAAGCUCAUGUUCAACAACGCAAUAUUGGCGAACACCAUGGUCGUAAAUCAGGCUGGCUUUGUGUCUGUGUGCUACUGCGCGCGGCCGGUUGCCGACACCCCCGGAGUCUGUGCUCACGACCAGUGGGUCAUGGUGAACCGUCUGACCAUCCGAGGGCCGGGUCCAGGCCAAAGUUGGACCGUCUCCACGAAUGUUGUCUUCCGCAUCGAGUACUCCGGAUGGGGCCUGGCCAAGGACGACAAGAUCCGCAUCAUCCCGGCCACCUCCCAGUGCUCCGACGUCAACGGCAAUCCGCGGGCUGCCUGGGGCGUCACCAGCAUCAAAGUCGGUUGUCCCCAUCCAUGCUCAGAGGUUGGGGAGAUCAACGACGUCUUGAAUGGAGACAUUUCAGUUGGCGUCCUGGCAGCAGACUCGUACAUGUGCGACAUCCAGAAUGAGGACUGCCGAACAAACGACAUCAAGGCGGUCACGGUGCUUGACGAGUCAACGACAGAACUGGAGUUCGAGGCUUCCUCUGCUCUGUCAGAUGGCGAUCUGAUUACAUUGGGAGCAAACUUCGCGUGUGCUCCUGGACAAUCUGAGAUUGUUUGCAACGCUGAACGCCUUUCCGUCCUUCGGGGUCGGUAUGACUUGGCAGACAGACUCGACAACCACAAUUCAGCCCCGAACGAGUACAUUUCAGGUCAUGCUGUGACUGUGAACCCGACCGAUCCAAAGAAGGUGACGAUCCGCGUCGGCUGGCCGGAUCCAAAGCCACAGUUUCAGGUGCUGUACAUCAGCAACCGCCGCGGCCGCUGGCAGCGACACAGCAAGGCGAUCACUGCCGAAGAGAUCAUGGGCGAGAAAGAGAGGAUCGACAUGAAAGUUUGCUGGAAGUACACGCCGGCCAUGGGGGAAUCGGGUCCGGCACCACGGCACGUGGCAGAGGUGGGUACCCUCACAAUGCUGGAUCCCAACGCCAUGAGUGAAUGUCUUGUGAGCCUGACAACACUUGUGAAGAAGCAGAUGACUCCAUAUGCGCCUAUGAUUCUGUCAUUCCGGACUGCCACCGCAGAGACGGGAAAGCGAUACGAGUCGCUUGAGGGCCGGAUGCGCCUCAGAAUCUACUUCGUCAGGACUGUGGCACUGAAAGCCACCUUCACAGAUGGUGCAGCCAUCGAAGACAACCAGGGAGAGGACGAGCUUAACGAGGCAAGACAGUACAUCUGCGGCAAGUUGUUCAGGGAGGUCUGGUCAAACGAUGAGGAGUUUGGCUUUCCUAUGCCCAGAGGCUGCUACUAUCGAACCUAUGGUCAGACGCAGGAGCUCAACAUGCUGUUCGAUCGAAAGAAUGGACUUGCCCCGGGCAAGUACUACCAGGUUGUGCUCAUGGGCGUGGCUAUGGACGAGGCGAUCCGCGACGGGGAGUAUGUGCACAUAUUCACCACGGAUGAUGUGGAUCUCCAUCCAUACAUUGCCUUGGAGCGCGGCAUUGCAACACUCUAUAGAUCACCGCAGGACCCCGCUUACGGCUCGCAGGGUGUGAAGUUUGCCGAAACCGAUGGCGUAAAGAUCUCGAGCGGUUCGGGAACAGAGAUGCUGGAACUCAAGGGUGGCACGGAGUUGAGGCUUGAACUCAAAGGCGACCCUUUGGGAGGUGGAAUCUCUGCGUCCGCAGUCUUGCGACUCUACUUGUGGCCGUUGACGCAGUGGAAUGUGGCAAACGCCUGCACUGUCAUGUGCAUCGCGCACGACCAGGUGUCAGCACCCUGCGGGGCCGUCCAAGACUGCAAGGGUGACGCCAUCAUACCCAACUUUCAGCAGAACUACCUGCGCAUCGUGCUCCCCUCUGCCAUGGCCACCAUGACAGAGUUUAUCAGCCACACGCUCGUCUUCCCUGACUUGGUCCUGCCCACUGGUGGAUUCUUCUCCACCCGGCUGGCUGCACAAAUCUCCAAGGCGGAUGACACAAAGCCGCACUACACGGUCAGCAGUGGUGACUACAUCUACAAGAUGCACGAUGAGGGUGUCGGUGUUGGCAAGCUGGUGGAGUUCUAUGGUGAUGGUGACCAGAGCCCGUUCCGCGGGGACCAAAGGAACAUCCUGUAUGCCAACUUGGUGCUUCCCUCCACCCUCUUCGCAGCAGUGCAGACCGGCGACGCAUACAUGACUCUGACGUUACCCCAGGGCUACGAGUGUGUGCGAACUCCUGACGUUAACGGCGAGUCGCCAUGGCGUGCAGAGGACGAUCUGGGCGUCUUCCAGGGGAAGAUUCCUCAGGGCACUGGAUCGCCAGACGAAGGGGGCGGCACGAGGGGGUGGUCAGUCCAAGACAACAAUUGUGUGUACACGCUGCGCCAGAAUGCAGUCAUCUACGCUGGCAGCUCCUUGUACAUUCGGGUCACGGCAAACAACCCAGCAACUGCGCUACAGCGGAUGGAUCCCACCAACCGCUGGCAGGUGAGCCUGACCAGCAAAGGCUACCACCAAUAUGAGGUCACUUUCCCUCCAGUGAUCUUCAACACGGUCAUGCAAAACUUCAGCUCCAAUACGGCAGUUCUGGGAAAGCUCAUGCAACCGCUCAUAGUGCCGUCGAACUGGAUGUAUUCUGAAGGAGGACUCGUGAUGUCGCAGGGUUACUUGAGCAUCUUCUUCCGCUCAGAGCAGGGCACGGGUGUGGAAGCAUCAUUGCACGUUGAGGCUCCAUCGGGCUUCUCUUUCGCGCCGAACCCCUGCCAAGUUCAAGACUUGGAGGAUACGUACUAUGCAACCCCCGGGCAGAUGGAAGGGCCCACGCGCCGCCUGCCAGGCUUCGUGUCCUGUGAGCACCGGACAUAUCCCUACAACCAUGCUGCCAUCAAGCUGACGGGUGCAAUACUGUCGAAUUCCAACUACGCCUUCGGGCUCUGGGCCUCAAACGCAGAGAUGUAUGCGGAGUCUCAGAGAACCGGCUGGAGGAUCUACACGCUGGACAUGAACGACUUCAAGGUGGAUGCGACGCCAGUGCCGAUCCCUGCGUUGGCGCACACAGCGACAAGCCUGACGAUGCCGGACACGCAGAUGAGCUUCGGUCUCUACCGGGCACAGGUCAAUACACAGACGACGCUGAACGUACAGGUGUCGAUACAGAGCACCAUCCCUUACACGAUGUCCAUGCAGAGGACAUGGGUGACGGUUCUCCCUCUCAGGGUAGUUGAGCAGAUCACGUCGACUCUGCGAGUAGCAGCACCUCUUGGGUAUGACUGGGACUUCACCAACGCCGAGUUCCGCCAUCUUGCUCCCUUCCCGAACACGACUGAGAGCUUGUGGCUGAUGGGGGCCACGGGCACACUGCCAGGCGGAUUUCCACAGCGGCAGGGCAACAUCCUCCUUUGGAGCCAGGCCAGGAUGUAUUGGCCGAAUGAGACGUACGGGUUUCAGACCUACGUUCGGGUUCCGGAUCGGACCCCAACCACUGCUCCAAACUGGUUCAUCUUCGAAUUCGGAUAUGAUGGCAACUCACUAGCCACGCGCCACGCUGCUUCAGCGGUGCCCGCUCCAGCGGUGCAGUCCCUAACCGACGCCGCCCUGGAGUACAACACGAACGUGGAGGGGAAGGUGAAUCCUAUCACUUUCCAGGUCCAGACCAUCAGCCAGGUGCCGCAGGGAGGUGGCCUGUUGAUUGAGGGACCACUCGGCUUCGAGUUCCCCAAUCCGUGCACCCCGGAGGUGGCUCCUUCCGCUCGUGGCUCCACGUAUCAAGUCGAGCCCAUGGCAUCGAAGGUGUUGAGUCUGCCGACGGACGUGGCAUGCAGCUUUCAGCAGACGACUGGCCCUGCCGGCCGAAGUAUCAUCAGGAUAACAGCAGGCACAUCCGGCAUCAUGCCGGGUCUGUACCGCUUCCAAUUGCUCGGCAAGAAUCCUGCUACAGCAGUGGCAAAUUCUAUUGACAAUUCGAAGCCAUGCAUGCGCCAGUACUGCUGGGACUUUCACUCCCUUCAGGUGAUAGGAAAUGUCGCCACCAAGCUGGACUCGAGCAUAAGCAUCCCAUCGUUCGACAUCAACGUAAAGAUGGUCGAGGCCCUCUUGCCUCCGCUGACGAGGGACCAGCAGGCAGCUACUGGUCGAGACGACCGGCCGCUGAGCAGGAAUCCCUUGGUCUUCAAGUUCAAGCUGGGGAGUGCAGCCAUCUUCUCCUCGACAAUGAUGAUCAGGGGGCCCUUGGGCACCAUCUUCCGGGAAGACUGCAGCGAGGAUGUUGAAGUUCGCCCAACUGAGGUGUUUGGAACGGGUCAGAUGCUGCCUGCCGAGUAUGCUGCUUGGCCACAGGGUGUCCAGGUUGUCAGCUGCCGAGGGGAAGGUCCAGAUGCCAGGAUUGUGAUCGAUCCUGGAGUUAGUGAUGGCUUGCAGUUCGAGGUCUUCUACCCCAUUCGCGUAGCUGUCUUGCACAAUCCAGUCGUGCAGCCUGCUGACAACAGGUGGACGCUGGACUUCAACGGGGAGUCCUCAGAUCCGUUCGAUGGUUACAUGUUGUGGACAUUCACCAGGACAUCGUUGCUAACUGCGACGAUGGGCCGAUCCACAACAGUGACAGGUGACCCUUUCUUGUCAAAUCCCGUUACUUUCACGUUCCGUCCAAAGAACACUGUAAAAGGUGCCGGCAUGAUCAUCCGGGUAGAAGCCCCAUCAUCCUGGGAAAUUGCCACCGAAGCAGACGGUCACUGCAAGAUCAUGAUGCAGCCGAUAUCGGCUGAUUCAGCAGGCACUGGAAAUGCAGAUCCGUUGACGGCACCGGCAGCGAAUUGGAUUGGGCCGCCUUCCUUGAUUUGGGGUGAUGCAGAUGUCCGAUGUGAUGUGGAUGUCGCGACCGGACGCGUCUUAACGGCCACUGUCCUGGCCUCCGAGCGGGAGAUCACCGCCAACCGCGACUACCAGCUGACCAUCUUCGUGAGAAACCCAACCCUCACGAUUCCGCCUUAUGAGGAAGCCAUCUGGAACGUCUGGAACCUGGACACGUUCGACAGCCCAUCAUCAUCUGGUGUUUUGCCCACCUUCCGUGACUCAAUCACCAUGCCGGGCUACCCCGUCUACAACAAAGCACGGCAGUGGGUGGUGCGCAAUCAGGAUCCUGUCACUGGUCAGAACUACCGCAAUGGGCUUUCUGAGAUCCCUGGUCUCUUCGUUCAGUUCCAGCUGCCGACGAAGUUGGUACCAGGAGAUGUCAUAUCCAUCGAAGGUCCAACAGGCUUCACGUUCAAGACCGGCGCACAGGAUUCAUGUGAUGACUUUCGAUGGGAGCCGGUGGAGGAUGCCUAUCUCUACUUGCCGAACUCUUUGAUCACGUGCGUCAACAACAUGCUUACCUUUCAGGUUCAGGAGCCCAAGAACAUUCCGGAACUGCGAACGAUGAUGUUCCGGCUCACAUCUCGGAAUCCUGCCAAGACGCCGCACACCUUCCUCAACCACUGGAGCAUCACCCACACGGCCAACGGUGCAAUCAUGAGCACAGAGGCGGUCAAAAGCUGGGAUGUGGUUCCUCAGCUGGCCAACGUUAGGGUCAUGUUGGUGGGGCAGCAGAAGGCUGAGAAUUCGGUGUCCACGAUUGCUGUCUCGUACAGACCCGUCUCCGACGCAGACGAGCUCAGCCUGGAGGCGCUGGAGCCGACCGGCUUUGACUUCACGGGUGCUUCAGCGGUUUCGCUGGGCCACGAGGUCAUCGCAACCAAUGCCGAGACGAUCCGCAUUCGAGCAUCCAUGUAUGCGGAAGUCAACGUGGACAUCGUCAUUGCAAAUUUUAGGCUUGGGCUGAAUGGGGGCCCCACGCUCUUCAACCUGAUUACCAAACUGAACAAUGGCGAUCAGAUGGAUGAGGCCCUUAACUUUCGUGGUGGCUUCCGAUUACCUGGUAGAGUUGCCGUCACCGGAAAGCAGAUCAGCAGUGAGUACAAGCUCAUGCCAGAACUGUAUCCAGUUCCGUCUCUUUGGGAGGUCCGCAUGGGCGAGUUUGCAGCCAUCGAGAUGCCGUUCACUGUCACAAUCAACUCUGGCGUCGGCAAUCUGAUGCGCCUGCGAGCUCCACCGUAUGACUUGCAGGCCCAGGACUUCAACAUCAUCCAGAGUGGAACGGCAGAAACAGUGACCUCUGAGGUCACCAGCACAUCAUCUGGCGAGAUGGUGGUCCGGCUUGGCACGCAGCUUUUCCGAGGAGUGUUGUACGAGGCGCAGGUGAGAGCGCUGACCCCGAAAGUCCCCAACCCCACCGAUGCCAUGUGGAGCAUCGAGAUCCUGGACGGCGGCGCGCUGCCGCUGAACACCAACGACGGUCUCACCGAGGGCUUCCGCCUGGUGGAGCGUGCGGAGCUGACCGUGCGGGCAUCGCGCUCGCCUCCGAUGGCUCAGAUUGAUGUUGACUUGGUGGUGGACCCGAAAUCUGCCCAGCCGGAUGAGCUCAUCCUGGUCGCACCACUGGGCUUCAACUUCACGCCGAACUGUCUGGUGACGAGUGCGUUCAACCGAGUCACCUCCUGCCAGCUGUUUGGCAACGUGGCCGGACGAGCUUCAGCUCGCCUCAGGAUGGCACGCCUGACAAGCGUGCUCGAGCAGGUCGUCAUCAAGGUCACAACGCCGGCGCAGAAUCCGCCCAGCAGCAGCUGGUUCAUAAACGCCAGAGACAGCGCCAGCGACCUGCAGCUCGCCUGGGGAGAGGAUCAAAGUGGAGUUUCAAUCCGGCAGAUGUUAGGUGCCGAUGUCCUGUAUCCCGGCAUUCCGCAAAUUCCUGGGCAGAUGGCGUUCAGUUUUAUCACCAACGAGAAGAUAGACUCAGGCGGAGCCAUCCGUGUUGGCUAUCCGACGGACAUCGAGGUCCUGUGCGCCGGAGCUUACUUGAGCCAGGUGGCGAUCACCGGUCAGGUGACCUGCAUGAACUAUGUCCAGGAGGGCUACUUCGAGCUACGGCUCGACAGACCACUUCCCCCUGGCCAGCAAGCUUUCACAGUCACCAGCACGUGCCCCGCAGCUGUGAAUGACAACACUUUCUAUAUCAUCAUCAUGACGCCGACGGGUCAGGUCUCAGAUGCGGCAAUGAGCAUUCCUGGCCUGCGCAUCCAGCACGGCCUUCCGAUUUCGGCAAUGCCUUUAAUCUGGGGUAUGGCCGAGCCGAACAGGAAUACGUUUGUCAGCACGGGUAUUGAGCUGCUUGGAGAACUGCCGCUGAAGGAUCCUCCCAUCAUGAGCGAGAUCAUCAUUCAGAUGCCUCCAGACUUUUCUCAUCAGGUGCAGAAAACAGCGCAGCUGGAGACCCUGACAGAGCCACUUCCGCGAAGAGAAGGAGGCUGGUUGGAUGUCACUGACCCUCGAAGGCUGAGACUGCUCAUGGACGAGGAGGCCAUACAGAAGCUGGCCAUUGGCUCAUACAGGUUCCAGUGGCCCAUCAUGGUUCCUGCUGUGAUGCCAAAGUACAACGUCUGGGAGCUGACUGUUUGCAGUCCAGCCAUUCGGAACGAGUCUUGUACCGGCUCCAGCGAUCCGCGUGCUUUGGUGAGCUUCCCUCUAGCAGGCUUUGGGAUGGGCGAGUCUCAUCCGUCUUCGAUCGCGUUUACCCAAACUGGUGCUGCAUGGCCGGUUCGGGCCAACUGGUCGGUGCUUCUUGUGCUCCUCUCAGCCUUCGCCUGGAGACAUUUGCGGGAAGCCUGA